AUGGGGGACGACUUCACUUGCCAAGUUAAGAAGAUGGCCUUGGCCAUGGGUACAUCCCUGACAGACAAGGAUAUUGAUUUGCUGCCUUCAGACAUGAGACAUCAUGCUUCCUUCAACUAUACCAAGUUCUUUGACUAUAUGCAGAAGUUUCUAACAUCAGAUGAGAGGGAGAAGCACUUGCGUAAGGCCUUCCAACUGCUUGACAAGGAUGGCAGUGGCUUUAUUGAAUGGAAUGAAAUCAAAUACAUACUAUCCACAGUCCCCAGCAAUGUGCCAGUGGUGCCCCUAUCAGAUGAAGAGGCUGAAGCUGUGAUCCAAGCAGCUGACGCAGAUGGUGAUGGGCGGAUUGAUUUUCAAGAGUUUUCCGAUAUGGUCACAAAAGAGAAGCUUCCAAAGAAAAAAUAGAAACAAGGACAAUGAGUGCUCUCCAACUUCCAUACUCAAGAGUGUUGUGCAGGGGUGGGGUGGGGAACUGAUGCUUGUCUAUCUGUGUCUAAUCCUUUUUGAAAGCCCCUCUCAAUUUUGUUCGGUUUUUGGCGGGGGCAAGUAGGAAUCUGCAGCUUGCUGCUGGGGCUUGUUGAAGAAGUUUCUGUAGUGUACAGGGUCAGGGGCUAAGCCAAGGAUGGAUGAGAAUUUUGUUUGGCUUGGUUUUGAUAAGAAUAUUCCAAAUUUGCAAUUCUCUACAGAAAUUAUAUGGAAUAACUUGUGAUUAACAUAAAUAAAAAGUUGAGAAAAACAUAACUAUCAGAUUUGCCCAUCCAGGAAGGGGGGCUGAAAGUCUGGUUUUGAUUCCUGGUACAUUGAACCAUGCUUUUUAACAUUGAAUUAGGGUUGUCAUCUCUUUUAGGCUCAUCCUUAAUAACUACAUUGCAGGUAGGUGCGACAUAUUGGGAAUAGCUGCAUCCACUGAAUUUGACUCAGAGUACAUGUACAAAAAUGUUGUUUUUGAAAUGAAUUUAUCAGUAUUUACAUAUAUCUUGGUAAACUGAACAGUAAGAAUUCGAGAGUUCAAAAAAAAUAAAUGUAGGAGAAAGCAAAACUGACAGAUACAACCAUCCUUAAUCUCGUCUGAGGAAGAGAGGAUCCAAAUGCAUUAAUGGUACUUUCUUGAUGACUCUCUGAUCACUGGAGAGCCAUUCAGUC